AUGAGCCAACUCGAUAAAUGGAUGAUAGGCGGCAAAAUAUCCAAGCUCGUCAUUGUCAUUACGGACAAGGACACUGGAGAGCAUGUCGAGCGUUGGCAAUUCGAUGUAGGUCCUUGCGUCGGCCCCGCGGCACAAGACUUCCUUCACACCACCUGCCAGCCUCCCCUCCCUUGGAAGCCCAUGGCUAACAACGAAAUUGCAUUUGACCAGGUUCAAAUCUCACAACCAGCGGCAAAACCCAAGUCGAAAUCAGGUCCCAAACCCACCGAUCAGGAAAACGUUGCGCCGCCAGCAGCCGCAGCCGCCCCAGAAAAAACCGAAGCCGAGAUUCAAGCCGAAAUCGCCGCCAUUUUUCGCCAGAUUACAGCCUCUGUCACUUUCUUACCACAACUCAGCGGCGACUGCACGUUUAAUGUACUCGUCUAUGCUGAUGCGGACAGUGACGUUCCCGUCGAAUGGGGCGAUUCGGAUGCCAAGGAGAUUGCCAACGGCGAACAUGUCCAGCUCCGGGGGUUUAGUACGGCAAAUCAUCGUGUAGAUACUCUCGUCAGCUACAGGUUGGGAGACUAG